UCUAUGAGGCAGCUGUGUUCAGGGUGGCAGUAGGUGGCGUCUCCCUUCUGAGUCUGGCUCCUGACUGGUGGCAGCUGGGAGAGGGGAAAGUAUCUCCAUGACACAAUGCUUGUGCCGAGGUAGCUGUCAGAUGUCCAGCACUACUGGUGUAUGUACGUGAUUAAGAUCCUUCCAUGUUCCACCCAAAAACCUAUAAAUUAAGAACCUCAACCAAAGUCACUCCUAUCCUGUCUUCAAAGGGUGAACAUGAACUCUCUGAUUGGAAUUGUCCUCCUCUCAGCUCUUGCAGAAGCAAGUGGAGACAAUGCUGCAGUUUUGGUCGGGCCAGGUGUAUCUUUUUCUGAAUGUAACCCCUUGGGCAGCACGAGCACGCAGCAAGAAAAAGUCAGGAUGAUCACUUCACGUUGCAUAACAGACGAAUGCACUUCUAAUCCUCCUGCAUGUAAAAAAAUGGUUGAAGCUUUGUCCAGUACAUCUGCAUGCGCAACGGAAUGUAACUUCAUGGGCAGCAUGAGUCUACAGCAAGUACAAUUCCAGAUGGGCACCUCAUGUUAUGGCGCUUACAAUUGCACUCUUAGCACCACACUACCAACACAAAGCUCUACCCUCAAUGGACUGGUCUGCCCAUCCUGUGUAUCUGCUAACUCUACCUGGUGUUACACUGAUGAUACCAUACAGUGCACAGGGAAUGAGAAUAUGUGUCUUUUUCUGCAGUCAACACAAGAAUCAGGAUCAAUUUCAACUUCAACAGCCUUUCGAGGGUGUGCAACGAAGUCCCUCUGUGAUCUUGGCAGUCAGUCCCAAAAUGAGACAGGAUUAUCCACUCAAGUUAAUUUUAACUGCACGAGAGCCAGCACCACCAUUGCCAGCACCACCAGUAGCACCAUCGGCAGCAUAAGUGUCCAUAAAGUCAUCCAGACUCAAGUCAUUUUGUGUCUUCUACUGCUGAAAUUGAUCUUCUAA